AUGGGUAUCUACAACAAACUCGCGGAUGACAUUGAUGAAGUAGAUAUUAUCAUAGCCGGAGGUGGGACAGCAGGAUGCAUUAUAGCCGGUCGACUCGCUGAAGAUGAUCCAUCUCUUUCUAUUCUCGUGAUUGAAGGUGGCGCAAACAACAAAGAUGUCGCCAGCGUCGUCAACCCCGUCUUCUACCUACAGAACUUGCUACCUACCACGAAGACUGCUCUCUUUUACAAAGGGAAUAAGUCUAAGCAACUCGCUGAUCGUGAGCCUAUCGUGCCAUCUGGCGGUACGCUAGGCGGUGGUAGUUCCAUCAACUUCAUGAUGUACACACGAGCACAAAGAUCAGACUUUGAUAGCUGGAACACACCUGGUUGGUCAGCUGAAGAGAUGUGGCCGCAUCUAAAAAAGCUAGAAACCUAUCAUGGGCCGGGAGCCAAAGAGCAUCACGGUCACAGUGGGCCUAUCCAUGUCUCAGACGGAGGCUACCGCGCAAAAGCCGCGGAAGACGACUUCAUAAGCGCAGCUGAGAAGGUCGGCUACUCCGAGAUCGACGACUUGCAGAACUUGGACAAUAACAAUGGCAUUGCGCGGUGGCAACGCUACGUCUCCCCCGAAGGCAAACGUCAGGACACUGCACACACAUACCUCCACCCGAAGUUGGAGGAUGAACGGUAUUCCAACCUUCAUGUCCUUGUUGAAUCAAAAGUGGUACGCGUAGUUUUUGAUGACAACAAGCGUGCGACUGGGGUUGAAUAUACACCAAACCCCGAGUUCCAGGCCACCAUUGGCUUAAGCAUGCACCCUGUCAAGCAGGUUCGCGCCCGCAAGUUGGUUGUCGUUACAUGUGGUGCGUGCGGCACGCCGCCUGUACUCGAAAGAUCUGGUGUGGGCGCAAAGGAAGUUCUCGAACGUGCUGGUGUUCCACUCGUGGAGGAAUUACCGGGCGUAGGAAAGGACUACCAAGACCAUCACCUCCUCCUAUACCCAUACAAGACUGCUCUUGCGCCUGAUCAAACCAUCGAUGGUAUUUUGAGCGGCCGCGUCGACGUCGCUGAGAUGAUGAAGAACAAAGAUCCCAUGCUAGGCUGGAAUGGCAUUGACAUAUCUUCCAAGCUUCGCCCUACCGAAGACGAAGUUACCUCUCUCGGACCAGAGUUCCAAGAAGCAUGGAAACGUGACUUCAAGGAUGCGCCCAACCGUCCAUUAAUGCUGUGUGGUCUAGUAUCAUGCUUCCUAGGGGAUCCAGCGAGCAUACCAGCAGGCCAGUAUGUCACAGCAGGUAAUUACACCGCAUACCCCUACUCGCGAGGACACAUGCACAUCACUGGCCCCAAACACGACGACGCACUCGACUUCGACGUUGGUUUCUUCAACGACAAGGAUGAUAUUGAUCUCAAGAAGCAAAUUUGGGCGUACAAGAAGCAGCGUGAGAUCUUGCGACGGACGAAGUUCUACCGCGGAGAGCUGGCUGCGGGUCAUCCGAAGUUUGCCUCUGAUUCCGCUGUUGCAAUACAGGAGGAUGUCAGUGGUCCUCUGGAGGAUGUCAAAGACCUUGUCUACAGCAAAGAAGACGAUGCUGCUAUUGAACAAUGGCUACGUGAGAAUGUCAAUACCACAUGGCACUCUCUCGGCACAUGCAAGAUGGCACCAAGAGAAAAGGACGGUGUCGUCGAUGGAUCUCUGAACGUGCAUGGUGUCAAGGGCUUGAAGAUUGCGGACCUGAGCAUUCCUCCAGAGAACGUUGGUGGAAACACUAACAAUACGGCACUAGUUAUUGGUGAGAAGGCGGCAGAUAUUAUCAUCGCCGAAUUGAGGGGUGGUGCUGGCACGCCAUAG